AUGGGAUAUGAACAUCCAAGAACAUGGUUCCAUGGUUCCAAAGGAUCUUCUUUUAAAUACUUUGUACCUGACAGAGAUUCAUGGUGGAAACAUCAAAAGUUUCACACCCCUUGGCCUUGUUCCCAGUGUGUGCAGAACUUUGAAACAGAAGUAGAAAUCCGGCACCACCUGAAGACUGUUCACAAUCUCGUACAUUGCAGGCUUUGUCACUUUAGGGUCCUGGAUGGUGACCCUUACCACACACAUUUGUUCCAAAAGCACAAUGUCAGUAAUGUGGCUAAUAAAGAUGAGGAAAACCUGUGGGAAUUAGAAUAUGAUGGUACCUCCAACUUUCAAUGUCUACUCUGCAAUAAACCUAACAUCACCACUAGAACAUUCUUCAACCACUACAUGGGAUACCACCACUUCACUCUUAAAUGCUUCACACAUCUCAUCUCAGGUAGAGAUCCUCCUUUCACUGUAUUUGGAGCUGACCUCAGACCAGAAUUUGUUGAGGAACAACUAAAGAAUCAUCCUAGGUAUGGUUAUGUUGAAUCUGACUUCAAGCCUGCUGGCUGCCCUAUCGAAGCUGACCCAAGUGCUACCAAAGACCUACUCAAAGUACUCAUACCUGAAAUAAAGCAAGAAGUGGUGACUGCGGAUGAGGCCAAGACUGAUGAUGGUCUGGAGAAGACAAAAGAUGAUGAUUAUGAUGAUGUCUAUAAGAACUACAAUGGGGAUGAUGACUUUGAUGUCACUUCCUUGGAACUCAUCGCCGUACAAAAAUGUUACCAUGAUUACAUAAGUGAUAUUUUGUCCGAUUUCAAUGCUAAGGCAUUCUUUGAAUAUUCCGAUAUUAAUUAUGAGAAGAUUACAACAGAGAUUACAAUGGAUAUAGUCUGUACACUGUGUAGUGUGCGGUACAGCACAUUAUCUUUAUUUUCUGCACACAUGUUCAAAAUGCACUGCAUUAAGUCAUCACCCAUAUUUUCGUGUAGAGUGUGUGUUACACCAUUUGAAAACCAGACUGACCUGGACAACCAUAUAACCAACGAGUUGGGAGACUUCGAAGAUCUCUGGAUAUGUCAGUUUUGUGAUAAAGAGUUUGACGACAGGGAGUCGACGCGGCGUCACUUGACUGAACAUUGGGAUGUGGUAGAAUAUGACAAUUGUUUUAGUCCACAUUUAGGUUUCAAGUGCAGGUACUGUCCCACACUGUUCUGGCAUGAAACAGACAGGGAGACUCAUCAGGUCCGUGCACAUUACUUUAAUCAUAAAGAAGAUUACUACAAGUGUGAAACCUGCAAUGAGUUGUUUAGCGAUAAGAUAUGGUUUGUCCACCACUACAUAGAAAGGCACAGCACUCCAGAGAAGACUCCACUGUACCUCCUCAAGUGCUACCUCUGCUGUCUAGUACUGCCGACUAUCGAGGAGAUGAGAGGUCAUUUCAACUGUGAACACCCUGAAGCUAGGAAGGUGUUCUGUUCCUUAGACUCCUGUCAGUACAAGCCUUUGAGUCAUAGAAAGUCUUUCAAAUUGCAUGUGCGGUCCAUGCACACGUCCCGCGCGCGGCCGGAGCGCGCGGCGGACUGCAGCGUGUGCGGGCGCGAGUUCAGCAGCUCGCGCGCCUGCGGGGCGCACAUGGCGCAGGCGCACGGGCCCGGCAAGUUCAAGUGCAAGCUCUGUCGACAGGUGCUGCAUACCAUGGACGAGAGAAAACUCCACUAUCUAAUGACGCAUCCAGGGCAACAUCCGUUCGAAUGCAAUGAAUGUGGCAAGUCAUUCCAGUACAAGUCCUCUCUAUACAUGCACAAACAGGACCACAUACCCAACAAACAGAAUUAUACCUGUACCUAUUGCGGGAAGACGUUUUUGAAACGCGAUUCAUUUCGCGAACACGUUCAAAUACACGAGGGGCCCCGACAUGCGUGCUCGUAUUGUCCGAUGCGUUUCGUGCAGCGCUCGAACAUGUUACGACAUGAACGGAGACAUACUGGAGAGAGACCGUAUGCUUGUCCACAUUGUCCUCGGAGCUUCGCUGAUAAAGGAGCUUGUAAUUCUCAUGCAAGGACCCAUUUGAAAGACACAUCAUACGCGUGCAUGUACUGCGGCAAGACGUUUGUGCAGAAGUCUAAGCUCACAUACCAUAUAAGAAAACAUACGGGAGAGAAUCUGGAGACAUGUCCGGUAUGUUCCAAACUGUUCACAAGUGCGUGCUCGUUGCGUGAACACAUGAAGAUACAUGAGCCUAAGAAGGAGCUUAUCAAAUGUCCUCUCUGUGAUCGUAAGUACCAAGACGAGCGUUACAUGCUCCGCCACCUGCGCACGAGCCACACGCGCGCGCGCCACCCCUGUCCCAUCUGUAACAAGAUGCUCACCAGCCCCGCCGGGCUGCGGCACCACGUCAUCACGCACAGCAACAUGAAGACCAUACAGUGUAAAAUGUGUCCAAAAGCCUAUUCAGUGAAGAGGACGAUGAUCAAACACUUCCGUCGUCGCCACGGCUUCAAGGGCACUGAACCAAAUAUAAAGGAGUUCUACACUAGACUGGACCCUCGAGACUGCAAUCUUGGUCUCGACGAACCUCUCAUGACCAGUAUAUUUGGACCUCCGAAGAAGAAAUUGGAUGAAAUAUUAAUGGCAAAUUAUGUGACUCUAACUAAUGUGGCGCAGCAGAGUCUAACUAAUAUGCCUGAACGUUUUCCUAUACAGGCUCCAGAAAGCGAAACUGCAGAAGGUACACCACACGAACAUUCGCAACAGUCCAUUCGUAAGGAUAACGAUAACGAUGAACACUCACAAGAGAGUGAAAGAGAAGGUAGUUUUGCUCAACCAGACAAAGUCAUCAUAAAGGUUGAAGCUAAAGAAGAUGACGAAUUUGAACACGACGCGGACCUUGAACCUACUGAUUUCGUUAGCGUCAAAAUUGAACCUAUGGAUGAUGAUCCAUGAUGAUAGUGAUUCGGAUUGUUCAUUAAAAUUGAAAGACUAAAGCGGGAAACAUGCAACUGUAAAGAGAUGUGUGUUGAUUAGUCACUUAUGAAGGUACUUUAAUGUGAUUGGCGGAGCAAUGACACAUUUCAUAGCGCGUGACUAGCUGUGUCAGUCAUCUCCAGCUUUGAGUCUCUUUUAGUGAACAUUUAAUGAUUAAUUAUUAUAUCUGUUUCUUAUCUCUAUGUCAACUGUUUUAAAAUAUUCUUAGCUAGUAGAAAUUCAAGUUCCAUUUUUCAAGUCUUCUUUGAACUCAAUACAGGAUUAUAUGCGACCUCUUUUUUAUAAGACAAAUAUCGAAUAUUGAAUAGUUAGUAUAUUAAAUACGAUUAUUGUUGUACCCGCUAUGUGUAGCGUUACAAAUGACACAGAUUCCUAUAUUAUUAGAUAGCUAGUUUAAAUGGUACGAGAAAGAACGCUUGUUAUUAGAUGGGGCGUACCAAAUUAUACUGGUCGUACAGUAUUUAUCUGUAUUCAUUUGUUGAACUCCACACCAUACUGUUAAAACCCGUGUACUGACGGAACGCGCUGUUUGGUCAAUUUUAAGAUGUCGUAAUCUGAUUGGCUAGGGCGUAUUUGACUGGCCAAUAAACGGUCAUAGUUCGGGUUGCGUGUUAUGUCCUUCUAAUAGUAUGGUGUCGUUUUAUGACUCGUUUGUGUGUCAGUAAGGGCAAGUGUUAAGCAGCGUCUUUACUAUUCUAAGAAAGACUAUUUUUAUUUAAUAUUAGUAUGUAAGGAAAGAUUUUUAUGUUGAUUUUUUUUUAUAUAGGGCUGAUUUUUGAUCAACAGAUGAUUCUUUACUAUAGAAUAAAAUUGAUAUUUGACAGAACUUCUUAGUAUGGAAGAAUUGUCAAAUAUUCAGUUAUUCUUCCAAUAAAAUUUACUUGGCGUUGGAAAAAUUGGCCCUUAGUAAAAUGCUUUAAUUAUAAAUUAUUAGAAGUAAUGCGUUUUUAUCGAAUAGUUCCAUAAUAAUAUGGUUGGAUAAAUAAAGUAAUUC